UGUGAGAUCCAACAACAGGAAACCACAGAUCACUCUGCUCUCUUUAUCAGCCUUCCUCAAGCACCAAUCUCAUAGCGUUCUCCAGGCUACAGAAGUCUUUCACGUAGAUGGCCGACUAGGUGGACACUUCACUUUGCUACAGGUCAGCUUGCCACCUCCUGUGUGGAAAACAGAGGAAAGAGUCUGGGCCCUUCCCAUUGCUGUUCCCCUGAUGAUCAAACCAGUUUCUGCGCUAUAGACAUGUUUCCUGUUUGCGGCUGACUCACCAGACAUUCCUGUGUGUGACAGAUGAGCUUCCCACCUCCUGUAAACAGAAUGGAGAAAAGGAGCACUAGUGGAGAUUUCCUAAGCAAGGAUUCCAACACCUCAACCUGGGAGACUACCAUCACAGCACCAAAGGGAAACAUCUACAUUAAUUCUUCAUAUUGUCACAUCACGUUCCAAACCACAAUUUAUCUUUCCUUUGUCUUUAUACUGGUUGGGAUAGCAGGAAAUGCCAUAGUGAUGUGGCUGCUGGGCUUCCACAUGCGUAGGAAUGCCUUCUCUGUCUACAUCCUUAACCUGGCCGUGGCUGACUUUCUCUUCCUGAGUGUUCAGUUUAUAUAUUGCCUGUUUCUUGUUGUUUACAUCUUCUACUCCAUGUCCUUCUAUAUCCCUUUGUUUUCUUUUGUUGUGACAAGAUUUACUUAUUAUUCUGGCAUGAGCAUUCUCAGUGCCAUUAGUGCUGAACGUUGCCUGUCUGUUUUGUGGCCCAUCUGGUAUCGCUGCCAGCGCCCAAGGCACACAUCAGCUGUCACAUGUGCCUUGCUUUGGGCUCUGUCCCUGUUCUUGAGUCUCCUGGAGGGGGAGGCUUGUGGCCUUCUGUUUAAUAGUAUUGAUGUUUUUUGGUGUCAGACAUCAAGAUACUUCACAGAUUCCUGGUUAAUUGUUUUAUUUGUUGUUCUCUGUGUGUCCAGCCUCACCCUGCUUGUGAAGAUAUUCUGUGGCUCACAGAGGAUCCCUGUGACCAGGCUGUGUGUGAUCAUUGUACUCACAGUGUUGUUCUUCCUGAUCUUUGGUCUCCCCUUGGGGUUCUCCUUUCUCAACAAAUUGCUUGAGAGAUUUCCGAUUAUUCAAAUUUGUGAUGGUUUUGUUAUAGUACUUUUAUCCUGUGUUAACAGCUGUGCCAACCCCAUCAUUUACUUCCUUGUUGGCUCCAUCAGGCACCGCAGGUUCCAGCAGAAGACUCUGAAGUUGUUUCUGCAGAGAGCCCUGCAGGACACUCCUGAGGAGGAGGAAGAUAGAGAGAGAGGCUCUUCAGAAGAGCCUGUAAACACAUUGGUGCAGCAACUAAGAGAUACUCUGCCUAGAGAGAAGUAGUUUUGAGAGAGAAUUUUUUCUUAUGUGUGGGAUAUUUUCAUAACUUUGUUCAAUUUGUCACCUGACUUCAAUCAGUUUUUAAAAAAUCAUUUUUGUGAAAGUUGACUGCCACAAAACUUUUUAUGCAAAUACUGACUGUAGAAUUUCUGGAUCUGUCUUGCACAAGGCCUCAUCAUAUCUAUUUGAAGGGGCUCCUUGUAAGUGCUCUCGGGGCAAGGACUGUUCCUACAGUUGGGACAUCCCUUCUUCAUGAGAACACAUAAAAAUGCAGAAAGGUGUUGCUUUUCUUUAGUCACUGAAAUUAUACUGGUUAAAUAAUUGUUAUAAUUUGCUAAACAUUCUUUCUUAUAAACAAUCUUUUUCAGUGCUUCAAGCAUUAAAUAGAUAUACCUUACAAUGUCAGUUCUUAUUAAUUUCUAUAAGUUUUGAAAAAUUUAUGGAGCUAUAGCUGUUUUAUGUAGCUAUAAUUGUUCUUACACAAUUUGCUUAGUUAACAAGUACACGAUUUCAAGAGAAGUCUGUCUUAAACUUCUUUACACCCUUCCUUACCUUCAUUUUUACUGUGUUUGUCUUUUUCCAAAUUGGAAGACUCUGGUGAGGUAUUGUAUUGAGAGCCAUUGCACAUUGAGAUGCAUGCACAUCUGAAGGCAGAAAGAGAAUGUUGACUCUGGUUCCCUUCACAAGACCUUGCUUAAUAUUCCUUGGUCAUGUCUUUUCUAUUUUCCACUUUUCUUGGCCAUGAUUCCCUUCUCCCUAACUGUCUAAUCCCUUAAGACAAAUUUCUACUGAGGUUUUUUAGACUAGGUUUCCUUGAAAUCAAACUUGCUUCAAAUUUAUGCCAUUAACAGAGUCCAUAUCUUUAUUACUUGAAACAUGCUUAUUUUAGUAACAUUUUUCUAUGAAAUGAUAUUUACAUUUUAAAGCUGAAGUGUGUGAUAAUUUCAACUGAAGCACAGUUAAGAGAGCACAGUUUGACCAGAUCAGAAGUGAAAACUGACAAAUUUCCUUAAGAGAGUUUGGGUAGAGGACUGAGAUGCAAUGAAGGCCCAGAAGGUCUCUUUACUCUGCUUAUUCCAUUUCCUGUAUAGUCAUAACUAUUUCCCUCAGAGGUCAGUACUGUCCAUAUUUCUGUUCUGAACUAAAAUUUAGAUUAUAGAUUGGAGACUUGUAACAUGAAGAUUGGUAUACACGUUGUAAAAUGGUUUUUACAGUUGAACAAGCUAAUAUAUACAUCAUCUCAUGUAAAUAUUCAUUUCUUUCUUUGUGAUUAAACUCUAAUUUUAGCAAAAGAUUUGUGUGCAAUGCACUAUUAUUUCAUAGAGAUCUCAUGCUGUUUACAACUGUGGUGGUUUGAAUUACAGUGGCCCCCAUAGGGCCGUAUAUUUUAAUUUAGGUCCCCACUUUGUAAAGCUGUUUAGAAAUGAUGAGGAGGUGGGAACUCGUUUUUGGAGAUGUGUCUCUGGGGGGGGGGGCAAUUGUCUAUAUUCUGUCAAUUAUGUUUUAAAUAAAUGCUGAUCAGCCAGUAGACAGGCAGGAAUUGUAGGCAGGACAACCAGACAGGAAGUAGAGGUGGGUCAAUGAGAACAGGAGAAUUCUGAGAAAGAGGAAGCCCAUUCCUCCCCAAUCGCAGAAGAAGGAGGAUGUGAUUGCCCUGCUGAAAAAGGUACCAAGCCAUGUGGCUAACAUAAAUAAGAAUAAUGGGUUAAUAUAAGUUAUGAGAGUUAAUAAGAAGCCUGAGCUAAUGGACCAAUCAAUUUAUCAUUAUUAUAGACCUCUGUGUAAUUUCUUUGGGGCUAAAAGGCUGUGGGACUGGUGGGAGGACACAAACCAGGCAGGACAGAAAGCCUCCGACAACAGAGGUGCACUUUGAGGUUUCAAAAACCUUUAUUUCCAUUUCCUCUCUUUUUUUCCUUCUUUCUCUCUUAAUUUUCCUUCCUCUCUCUGUCUUAAUCUUGUGGACCAGAUGAAUAUACUCAGCUAUUUAUUCAGUACUAUGCCUACCUACUUGUUGGCCUACUGCCAGGCUCUUAUGAUAUCAGUGAAAGCCUAUAGAUGCCAAUGAGGGAAUUGUUCUGGUUUGAAUAGAAUGAGUCAAGUUGGUGCAUGUAUUUGAUUGUUUGGUCCAAAUUUAUGGAAUGUUUGGGAAAGGCCAUGAGAUAAGGGCUUGUUGGAGGAGAUAUAUCACUUGGGGUAGGCUUUUGUGAUUUUAAAAACCAGUCCUUCACAGUUUUGUCUCUCUCCUUCUCUCUACAACAUUCCUGUGUUUCAGAAGUAA